GCUCUGCUCUAUAAUUCUCGCGUUGAAUUUUCUACUACCCGUAGGAAGACAGGAGAAGGGCACAGCUGCGCUGCGCCGCGAGAGAGCCGGCCUUUUCCAGCGGGCGCCUCGUGUGCUUCCGUGUCCGUUUGUUGCCGCCGCUCGAUUCAUCCAGCGGCCGCACGGGAAGGGAACAGGAUUCCUCCUCCUCCUCCUCCUCCUCCUCCUCGAAGCGAAUCCAGAACUCAAAGCAUGCACGGGACAGCAGUCGUGGAUGGCGAUGGCAAGGACGGCGCACCCAACCCCACUCGGAUGCCGCAGUCGAGCAGAACGACGCUGCCCCUCAAGCUCCUCCGGCCGCUCCUCCUCUUCGCGGUGCUCGCCACCGGCUUCUUCGCCGCCGUCCUCCUCCUCCUCGGCAGCUCCACCUACUCCGUGGUCCCAAGGCUCUCCGUCCCUGACGCCCUGUCCGCGGCGCCGUCGCGGCAGCGGUCGCCGGCGUGCGCGCGCGACGAGGAGGUGGUGCUGGAGCGGUGGACGCGGGCCCCGGCCAGCGCGUGGCACAACAUGAGCGACGAGGAGCUGCUGUGGGCGGCGUCGUGGCAGCCGAGGGUCCGGCGGUACCCGUACCGGCGGGUGCCCAAGGUGGCGUUCAUGUUCCUGACGCGGGGGCCGCUGCCGCUGGCGCCGCUCUGGGAGAGGUUCUUCGCCGGCGCCGACAGGGAGCUCUACUCCGUCUACGUGCACGCGACGCCGGGGUACCGCCCGGACUUCCCGGCGACGUCCGUCUUCUACCGCCGGCAGGUGCCCAGCCAGGAGGCUCGUUGGGGUGACACGACCAUGUGCGACGCGGAGCGGCGUCUUCUGGCGAACGCGCUGCUGGACGCCGGCAACGAGCGCUUCGUGCUUGUCUCCGAGUCGUGCGUGCCGCUCUACGGCUUCCCCGUGGUGUACCACUACCUGACCCGCUCCCACCACAGCUUCGUCGGCGCCUUCGACGACCCUGGCCCGCAUGGCCGCGGCCGGUACCGCGCCGGCCUGGCCCCCGAGGUGCGGCCCGACCAGUGGCGCAAGGGCGCGCAGUGGUUCGAGCUGGACCGCGCCCUCGCCGUGGACGUGGUCGCCGACGGCCGGUACUACCCCAAGUUCCGGGAGCACUGCCGGCCGCCGUGCUACCCGGACGAGCACUACCUGCCGACGGUGCUCUCCGUGGAGGCGCCGGGGCGGAUCGCGAACCACAGCGUGACUUGGGUGGACUGGUCCCGCGGCGGCGCGCACCCGGCCACGUUCGGCGGCACGGACGUGGGCGAGGCGUUUCUGAGGAGGCUGACGACGACGGAGCAGCGGCUGGGGCAGCGGCCGUGCCUGUACAACGGGCAGCCGGCGGAGGUGUGCUUCCUCUUCGCCAGGAAGUUCGCGCCCAGCGCGCUGCAGCCGCUGCUCAGCCUGGCGCCCAAGAUGCUCGGCUACGGCUGAUCGAUCACCUCCUCCGGUGACCACUGCUCCUCCGGUGAUGGCGUCCUUUUCUUGCCUGUUAGUACAGUAUGACUUACACGAUGUUACGGUCGGUAUACAGCAUACACUGCUCGUUCGAUUCGAUGUAUAGUAUAGCUCGACAAGACAAUAUAUACUUACAGAUAUACGCCCACACGAACAACAUUUUUUGGUGCAAUGAAAUAAAGAAAGGGCAUCUAACAUUCUUUUCA